UCAACCGCGGAAGUAAACAUUAAACUGAGGAUUUGACACUGCGUCACGAAGUUUGUCUCUCUAGUGUCCGACGCUGUUUGUGUGAGUUUAGUUCAGUUAGUUGAGUUAGUUGAGUGAAUCCUCCAGUGACUUCCGGUCCAGUUCGUGUUGUGUCCUGGUUUCACUCGGUCAGGAACAUGUCUCUGGUCACGGUGAAGAUUUACCUGCUCGGUAAAGACGAGGCGGUGAAAGAAAUCCGCAGAUUCACGAUCAAUCCGGAAGUUUCCUUCGAUCAACUGAACAAGAAGACUGCGUCAGUUUUCACCAACCUGAAGAACUUCAGCUUGUUCUACAGAGAUGAAGAUGGAGACCUGGUGGCGUUUUCCUCUGAUGAUGAACUAACGAUGGGUUUGUCGUGUAUGAAGGACAACACCUUCCGCCUCUUCAUCAAAGAGAAAAAGGAGCACCGUCGAGACUUUCCUCUCCACGCCUUCCCCCCCUUCACCUUUGCCCCACCUCCUCCCCACCAUGCCCCUCCCCCUCACCUGGCCCCGCCCCCAGCUCUGCACUCUAACGUCACCUGUGACGGCUGUGAAGGUCCCGUGGUGGGAACUCGUUUCAAGUGUUCGGUUUGUCCGAACUACGACCUCUGUUCCACCUGCCAGGCCAAAGGGACGCACACCGAGCACGCUCUGCUGCCCAUCUGGCACCCGCUGCAGCAGUGGUUUCCUCGGGGGAUGUUUAAUAAACCUCAUAAUAUGAAGAGGAUUAGAUGCAUGUGGAACCAGACCCAGGGUCAGAACCAAGACCAGACCAAGGACCGGGACCAAACCCAGGACCAAACCCAGGACCAGACCAAGGACCAGACCCAGGAACAGGCUUCUGACUGUGCUUCUCAGGCCAGCGUGGACUUCCUGAAGAACAUCGGGGAAGGAGUGGCGGCCAUGUUGAGCCCGCUGGGUAUUGACGUGGACAUCGACGUGGAGCACGAGGGUCAGAGGUCGAAGGUGAACACUUGUCAGAGUUCAGGUGGGAGCGGUGACGUGGAGAUGGACGGAGCCGGCAGCGAGGGGUCAAAGAUUGGCAGAGAAUCUGAUGAGGAGUGGACUCACCUCAGCCCCAAAGAGGUUGACCCCUCCACUGGAGAACUUCAGUCCCUGCAGCCUGGGGACCAGGACCAGGACCAGGGACCCUUUUCAGGAGGAAAGCAGGGUCCAACCGGUUUGAGGGAGGCAGCUCUCUAUCCCCACCUGCCUCAAGAGGCGGACCCCCGUCUGAUCGAGUCUCUGUCCCUCAUGUUGUCCAUGGGCUUCAAUGAUGAGGGGGGGUGGUUGACUCGACUCCUUCAGGCCAAAAACUUCGACAUUGGAGCCGCGCUCGAUGCCAUCCAGUACGCCAAGAAGCCCCGCCCACCUCAGCCGUGAUAGUGCCAACAUUGCGAUGUAAUCACUGACAUCACCUGUUCUUAACCAAUCGCAUAACUACAAAUCAUUUAUUCUGUAACCUACGAUUAUCUGUCAGAUGAUUACUGUUAUUCAAAACUUGAACUUGUUAAUCAAUACUUAAACUCACUGAUAAGAGUUUGUUUUGUGAUAAUCUCAACAAUAAAAACAUGAAGAACCGAA